AUGGCCGGCGACGCUCAAUACCCAUCCACGCUCAACAGCGUCUUUGACGCACCCCUCAAUGGGCGAUAUGAUCCCAUUCGCCUGACCUCCGAGAACAUUGUUCCGAUUUUCACACUUCCCCUCGCGCAGGAGAUUUUCGGCCACGAGAUUUCGGAAAAGAAUCCUAUCGAGCAGAUCACUCAGGGAAAGACCUCGUAUACCACAUUCGUUGCCGACAGAGCUCGUGCGGCUCUCCAAUCUCUCCGCGACAAGCAAACAUCCGAACAAACGAGAUCGCAACUCGUGCAUAUUGGUCUCGCGGCUCUGUUCAGUUUCCUACAGUCAAACGUUACCGGCCCUCCUCUCGACUUCACGCCAGCAGACAUUAUCCUUCCUUCCUCUCUGCGUGAAAAUGCAGCCACACUUCGAGCUGUGCGCGCCAAGAUUAUUCGGGAUCUGUCUGUGGAUGGAGAAGCGCUGUAUAAAUUGACGCCCAAUCCCGAGCUGUUCUCUGUCGCCAAGGCCCUUCUUGUGGAGAUAGAGAUUGAUGAUGGAUCAGUUGCGGCCAAGACUGCGCGCAUGCGCGUCAAUUUCCUCCACCAAAAGAUGCUUUCCGAAGUCACGAGCACAUUGCAGGACGAGAUCUACAAGGACGUGGAAGGUCUGGUCAAGGUCGAUCUUGACAGUGAGGAGAGAAGCCGAUUCUUGCUCGAACGGGCAAUCAUUCAUACCCACCAUGGGUUCGAUGCCAAGGCCCGUGCGGACUUGGAUCAAGCAUCGCGUCUCCGAAGCUUUGAAUUCGCUUUGACUGGCAAGCUCGGAAAGCGCACCAAAUUCCAGGACCGCGAUAUCAGUCAACUCGUCGUAGUUGCGAAGAGUGCCGAUGAUGUCUCAAACCCUCGAGGCCGUCCGGCCAUCUCCUUCGCGGACAAGAAGUCGACAACGGUUUCUGAUGAGCUUUCCGAGGGUCUGCGCUCGGUCGAUCCUAAUGACCAGCCCAUCUUGCAUCCCGUUGACUCUGCUACUUUGCUGGCACUGGCAUCUGCCAUCACCAAUACUGCUCCGGACCACGGUCUCACUCGUGAAGAGACACAGCCAUAUGCGACCCGCGUUCUGGAAGGCGGCAGCUCGAACUGGCAGAUCUAUACGGAAGCCUUGUUGGUUCGCAGUCGCGUUGAGGGUUUCCGCUCGCGAACCGUGGAAAGAUCGGUUCUGCAAAUGCAGGCUCUUGUGGACCAGGUCAUUGCAGACACCGCUACCACUGACUCGUCUGCUCAGCAAGCUUCGUCCGAGCCUACGACUUUCCUUCCUCGGCCGGAAAAGUCUGAGUCGGCCCCUGCCGCUGAUCGUUUGGAAUAUAUCUGGCUCCUGAAUUUCGCUACCCGAUGGAGUUUGGAGGCCGAACUGGCCAAGCGGUGGGUUGAACUGGGGGGUUUGCGAACGGCUCUCGAGAUUUACGAGCGGUUGGAGAUGUGGGCUGAAGCGGCGCUCUGCUAUGCCGCUACCGAACGUGAAGCGAAGGCUCGCUCUAUGGUUCGUCGUCAACUGUACGAGCCAAAGGGCCCUGUUGAAGAUGCCGAGAACGAGCAGUUUGAAGGCGCGGAGCGAUCUGAAUUGCCAGCAGAUGCGCCCCGGCUGUUCUGUAUUCUGGGAGACAUUGAGAAAGAUGAGAAAUUGUACGAGCGGUCUUGGGAAGUUUCCGGGCAACGUUACGCUCGAGCUCAACGAUCUCUUGCUCGUCACUAUUUGAGCCUCACUCCCCCACAGCUGGAAAAUGCCGAGGCGGCAUACCGCAAGUCUCUACACGUUAACCGUCUCAACGAGAGUUCUUGGUUUGCUCUUGGCUGUGUGCAGCUCGAGCUCGAGCAAUUCGACGAUGCUGUACAAUCCUUCACCCGAACCGUGCAGCUAGAUGACACGGAUGCAGAGGGAUGGAGCAACUUGGCCAUUGCCACACUCCGCUCCACCGCGCCCGAGCCAGCUCCCGAAGUCGAAAUCGACGAAAGCACAGGCGAGGAAGUCGUCAAAGAGGCCGAUCCCCACAAGCGCAAACGCGAUGCCCUGACUGCUCUCCUCCGGGCUGCACACUUGAAGCACAGCGAAGCCCGCAUCUGGGACAAUGUCCUCACGGUAGCGGCGUCCAUUCCUCCACCAGCGACGCCUUUCCGCGAUGUCAUCACCGCACAGAAACGCGUCAUCGAGCUUCUUGGCGAAAAGCAGGGCGAAAAAUGUAUUGACCUGCCCAUUCUUGGAAUGCUAGUCGAUUUCCUCGUCACGGCUUUCGACUACGAGUCUCUCGUCAUGCAAGGUGACGAUGGCCCCGUCAUUCGUACCGGUACGAUCCCGGGCCAGAUCAUCUCCUUGGUGGACAACAAUGUGGUUCCCCUGAUCACGCACUCCUCUGCGCUCUGGUUACUCGUCUCCCGCGUUGAAAUGUUCCGCAACCGACCAAGUCGCGCAAUGGACGCCCACGAGAAAGCUUGGCGGGCCACCGUCGCCAGCUCUGCGCAGGGAGCAUUCCAGAUGGGCGACGAGAAGCCGUGGAUGGCAGUUGUCAAAGCGACUGAGAAGCUUGUCCGUGAGGGAUACGCGCGAUACGGGCCCAUGGACCAUGAAGAGAAGAAGGUCGAAGGCAGUGACGAGCCGGAGAUGGUCAUGCGUGAUUGGCGUUUCAAGGCUCGCAGUGCUGUCCGCGGCAUCAUGGGCAAAGGCAAGGAAUUCUGGGAGGAUUCCGAGGGCUGGGAGAAGCUGAAGGAGUUGCAAAGCGAAGUUGCGGGGAAUUAG